GAGCAGAAACUGCGCAGCGAGCUGGCCCUGGUUAAAGGAAACCAUGCGGUGAUGUCCCAGAUGUUAAACGAAAUGAUACCGGGACAGAGCUCAGCAGAUGAUGCAGACCUGCUACAGCAGCUGUUCUCUGUGUGUAAGAAGAUGCAGAGUCGUGUGGUUGAGCUGAUCCCACAGCUGGUGGAUGAAAGGUUUAUGGAGGAGUUACUGGUGGUAAACGACGACCUCAACAAUGUCUUCAUUCGCUAUGAGAGGUUUGAACGGCUGAACAAGACUCAAAGUUCAGAUCCUAAACAGAUCUCUGUAAGGAGCCCAAAUUUGGUUGACACCAUCCCUGAAACUCUGAACAACAAACAGGCCGCUACCAUCACAGCAAGCAUCCAACCAGCCGCCAGCGCCCAGACCAAUCACCAGCUAUCAGCCAAUCACAAAGAAGAGGAGGAGUUUGACAUGUUUGCUCAGACCAGAGGCAGCUCUUUGGCUGAGCAGAGGAAAAGCGUCAGAUAUGAAGAUCCAGAAACUGUAGAAGGACUUGCUGAAGCUCUGGACUCGAGGCUGCAGGUCACAGGAGGGAUGGUGCCGGAGAAAAAUGCUCCGCAGAACGACACUGACAAAUGGUUAUCUUCUGAUCUGCAGGAAGGUCAAUCCUCGGUUUGUGAAGGAGUCUCCAGUGAAGAGUUUGACAAGUUUCUGGACGAUCGGGCGAAGGUGGCGGACCAAAGCAACCUUUCAAUUCGCACCGUGCCAUCGGCCACGCCUAGACCUCAGCCCACCAAGAAGCAGGAUGCCACACAUGACCAGCUCUUUUCUCUUUAAAGAAGAUCUAACACGUGCAAAAAAAAAAA